AUGUUCUCGGAUUCAAGACUCAUCGUCGGACAAGUAAAUGGAGAGUUGGAGGCGAAGGACGAAAGAAUGCGAGAGUACCUCGCCCAAGUUAAACGCCUGCAAACCCAUUUUUGUCACUUCAAUCUGGCGCACGUAUCCAGGAGCGGGAACACCCAUGCUGAUUCUCUUGCAACGCUCGCCACCUCCUCGGCCCAGACACUUCCCCGGGUUGUUCUAGUAGAAGAUCUCUACCGCCCAGCAACGGAAAGGGCCAACAGAACACGAGUCCACAAUAUCAGGUCUGGACCUAGUUGGAUGGAUCCUCUAGUGCUGUUCUUGAAACAUGACACCUUGCCAGAUGAUAAGCACGAGGCCGACAAGAUUAGAAGGAAGGCCUCUCGAUUCUGGUUGUCCAAGGACUCCAAACUGUAUAGGUGCUCGUUCUCAGGGCCGUACUUGUUGUGUGUGCACCCAGACGCCACUAAACUCAUCCUGGAGGAAUUACACGAAGGAAUUUGUGGAAGUCAUACGGGGGGGAACAAGAGAUUUAUUCUCGUCGGCACGGAUUAUUUCACGAAAUGGGUCGAAGCUGAGGCGCUGGCGAAUAUUAGGGACGUUGAUGCCAAGAAAUUUAUUUGGAAAAAUAUCGUCACUAGAUUCGGAACCCAUCACACACUGAUCUCGGACAACGGUAUCCAGUUUGACAGCAAGGCUUUCAGAAGAUAUUGCAACGAGCUGGGAAUUACCAACAAAUACUCCAUACCGGCUUACCCGCAGGGUAAUGGACAGGCAGAAGCCAUCAAUAAAACUAUAGUGAAUGGGCUGAAAAAGGGGCUAGACGACGCGAAAGGGAGGUGGGUUGAAGAGUUGGCCCAUGUCUUGUGGACAUACCACACCACACCACACCUCGCAGGUCCACAGGGGAAACCCCCUUUUCGAUAA